UCUACUAAUUUCAUGCAACAUUUGCUCUCACGCACUCUGUUUUUUAAUUGCUUCUUCCUUUUUUGCAGGAGAGUUUCUCCUUUCUUGUACAUUAGAUACCUGCAACAUUUCUCUCUCAAAUUUCUUUGUGGAAAGCUGUGAACUUUUUAACGUUUAUAGGGUUCUUCAUGCUUGCUUUUCUCAGGGUGUAUGGAAAAAGGACAUUGAAGACAGAUUGCUAUGAAUCCAGUUUGGGGUAUGUUGGUGGUGUUGAUUUUCAUCACUGGCUUUGCCGAAGCUUGGAUUCCUCCAUCAAAUAAGCUUAAGGAUACUACUAAUACUCCCCGAAGACCAGAAGAUGUAAAAAUUGGGUCCGUCUUGGCCUUCGACUCCAACAUAGCCAAAGUGUCAAAAAUUGCUCUAGAGGUUGCAGUAGAAGAUGUGAAUUCUGAUCCAACAGUUCUUAAUGGAACGAAGUUGAAACUAACCGUUCAUGACUCUAAUUCGAAUGGCUUUCUGAGUAUUAUGGAGGCUAAGCAGUUAAUGGAGAGUGAAAGUGUGGCACUAAUAGGUCCAGAAUCAUCAGCUUUCACUCAUAUGAUCUCCUACAUCGCGAAAGAACUCCAAGUUCCUCUACUAUCUUUCACAGCCACAGACCCUACAUUGUCCUCGCUUCAAUGUCCAUUCUUUUUGCGAACAACUCACAGUGAUCUAUUCCAAAUGGCUGCCAUAGCAGACAUAAUCGACUACUAUGAAUGGAGACAAGUGGUAGCCAUUUACAUUGAUGAUGAUCGUGGGAGGAAUGGCAUAACUUCAUUAGCAGAUCAAUUAGCUGCCAAAAGGUCGAAGAUCUCACAUAAAGCGCCUAUCAAUCCCGAUGCAACACAUGAAGACAUACGAAAUGUUUUGCUUCAGGUUUCGUUCAUGGAAUCAAGAGUUAUUGUUGUUCACACAUGCACCAACUGGGGAUUAGAUAUACUUAAUGUUGCUCAAGAUCUUGGUAUGAUGGAUAGUGGGUACGUUUGGAUCACAACCGACUGGCUUUCUACCAUCAUAGACAUAAGCUCGCCACUCCCAAGAAAGUCCAUUGCUUCUAUGCAAGGAGUUAUUACACUGAGAUCAUACGUCAAAGAUUCAGACCUUAGAAGAAAGUUUGUUACCAAAUGGGAAAACAUGACCACAUUUGGCGUGAGUACGUAUUCUCUAUAUGCAUACGACACUAUUUGGCUGCUUGCUCGUGCUCUUGAUGACUUUUUUGAUCAGGGUGGGAACCUUUCGUUCUUGAAAGUUCCUCAAAUGAAGGACUCACAAAGCAGAUUCUUGAAUCUUGAUUCUUUCAGAGUUUUUAGUGGAGGGAAAAUCUUGGUUGAAAAAAUCUUAGGAGUCAAAAUGAACGGAACAACAGGACCCAUCGAGUUCACUUCCGAUAAAAGCUUGGAUUUUCCAGCAUUUGAAGUUAUUAACGUAAUCGGCACUGGGUUUAGGAGAGUUGGGUAUUGGUCAAACUCAUCACGUCUGUCCACUUCUCCUCCAGAAACACCCAAAACAAACGAAUCUAGUUCGUCGUCUGAGCUGUUGCAUAGUGUAGUUUGGCCAGGUGAAACCGUUAAAAAGCCUCGUGGAUGGGUUCUUCCACAGAAUGGAAAACAUCUGAAAAUUGGGGUUCCAAUUCGAGUCAGUUUUCAGGACUUCGUGAAAGAAGUCAACGAGACUGAUAGGUAUGUAGGAUACAGCAUCGAUGUGUUUGUUGCUGCAGUGAAUCUGCUUCCAUAUGCUGUGCCAUAUAAGUUCUAUUCGUAUGGAGAUGGUCAUAAGAACCCGAGUUACACUGAUCUCAUGAGCUUGGUCAGCACUGGUGUCUAUGAUGCUGCGGUGGGUGAUAUUGCCAUUAUCACUAACCGAACAAGGAUGGUGGAUUUUACUCAGCCGUAUAUUGAGUCUGGGCUAGUUGUGGUGACACCGGUGAAGAAGCUAAGCUCUGGAACAUGGGCUUUUUUUAGGCCGUUCUCUGCUGAAUUGUGGUGUGUUAUUGGGAUUUUUUUUGUAGUAGUGGGAGCAGUUGUUUGGAUUCUAGAACAUCGCAAAAACGUUGAAUUUCGUGGUACUCCUAAACAACAGGUUGUCACAACCCUAUGGUUUAGCUUUUCUACCCUAUUUUUCUCCCACAAACAAAACAUGAGGAGCACUCUUGGUCGUUUCGUAUUAAUUCUAUGGUUGUUCGUAGUUCUGAUAAUCAGCUCGAGUUAUACAGCAAGUCUCACCUCAAUAUUGACCGUUCAAAAGCUUUAUUCACCGAUUGAAGGAAUUAAUAGUUUGCAAUCAAGAAAAGAUCGUAUUGGGUACCAAGAAAGUUCUUUUGUUCGAAACUAUUUGGUCAAAGAAAUUGGCAUUUCUGAAUCUAGACUUGUUCCUCUUAACUUGCAAGAAGACUAUGAUAAAGCCUUAAACGAUGGACCGAACAAUGGCGGUGUCAUUGCAAUUGUUGAUGAACGUCCAUAUAUCGAACUUUUCCUUUCAACUCGUUGCCAGUUCAGCAUCGUUGGUCCAGAUUUCACAAAAAAUGGAUGGGGAUUUGCCUUUCCACACGAGUCUCCCCUUGCAAUAGAUAUUUCGGAUGCCAUUCUCAAACUAUCAGAAACCGGAGAGUUACAAAGGAUCCACAAUAAAUGGCUAAUGCGGAGUGCUUGCAGUUCACAAGGAGCAGAGCUUGCAGUUGAUAGGCUCGAGCUAAAGAGGUUUAAAGGUCUAUUUCUUAUAAUUGGAUUAGCUUGUUUUCUUUCUCUGGUUGUAUACUUAGUGCCCAUAAUAUACCACUAUACUAUAAAGAAAUCAAACUCGUCCGAGUCACCUCGACCAAGACCCAUUCAAACGUUCAUUUCAUCUGUUGAUGGAAAAGGAGCGGUUAGUGCAUAUUCUAAGAAAAGGCUUAGAGGAACAAGUUCACUUAGGAGCGACGACAACGAUGCAUUUCACCAUAAGUUUACCAUAAACGAGUCAUCAUCAAACAUAUUACAUUGGUCACAACAAGGACAUUGAUUUUAAGUAUGAAAUAUGUGUUUUUCCACCUUGGAGGAGUAUAAACCAUGUUAACGCCCAUGCACCACAAGUAAGGAAAGUUGUUUAGUUAGGAGGUAUUGGUAGUUUUUAUAUAAUUUCUUUAUCUCUUGUCUCCUUAUUAUUGACUUUAUACCCAUGUAACUCCUUCAUUGUCGGUUUUAUAUAUACA